UGCUUAUAAGAAAUGUUAUGUUGGGAACUACCAGAAAUACCAAGAAUAGAACGAAUUUUUUUUGUUUCCUAAGACGAGUUGUCUCCAGUAUACAUAAAUCGUAGAGAUACAGUUUUCACUAAAGUUCUUUAAAUGGAGAAACAUGUUAACUUUAUCAAUUAUCUAAUAAAUGAUAUCUUUUACCUAUAUAGAUCAAGUGCGUAAAUACGUUCUCACAUAUAAUUGUAGCCCUGGUAACAUAGCGCUUGUUUAUUAAAAAAGACUUCAUAAAUGAAAUGAUUUUCUGUAGAUAGCUUAAAUGUCCAUUUAUCUAAUCACCUUACAACCUAUCAUUUUAUAUUUGUUUUCGCUAAACAUAUUAUUUAUUCAUUCCACUAAUCUUAUGUCAUUAAUCAGUGAAGUGAAUUAUUUUUUCAUGACUGACGGAUAUCAAUUGGGAUAAGCUAACAUUUUUGCGUUCAUAUUUUGCACAAACUUGAUAACACGUUGUUAAAAGAUCAUAACUAGUACUAAAUAACUUUUUUGUACCUCAUGGUGAUAAUUUAUUUUUGGAUUGUGUCAGCCGACAACAAAACCUAAAAGAAACAUAACUAACUAAAUACAAACUAUUUUCAAUGAUUAUUUCAUAAUUCAUAAUCAAGUAUAUGCAUCAUUUUUCUUCUGAUCAUCAUGUAACUAUUCAGCUAUGGAGUCACAUCAUUUUCGUUUGUCGAUUUAAAAAAAAACAUUUUGCCAUACACAAAUGUCCGAGAUUUAUUUGUUUUACUAUUGUAAUUGUUAAUUACAGUGUACAAAAGUAACUUUUUUUGAAGAUGUAAAACGAUAUAUAUUAAAACAGAUUGCGGAUACUAUGAAUGUGAUAUCCUUACAUCUUAAGUAAAAUAAGAACGUUUCAUGUGAAUUUAUUUUAUGGUAACUUUGGUAAUCAUAUUCAUUUUAAUGGUUUAACAAUCGGAAAUACAAAUGUUGAGUAAGAACUAAGGCUUAAUUUCUGUAAGUAAUUAAUCUAAUAAUUGAUCCAGAUCGAUUAUUGUAAUAUGUCAGGAUGUAACUACAGAAUCGUGAUCGCUUAAAAAUAAUUAAAAAAAUGUGUUUAACAUUUAGUUUUAUAGCAAGAAGUAAUGUGUAAUGCUUGUUCUAUAACUAGUUAUCAACUAUAUUCUAUGGCUAAAUUUCAAGAUCUAGACUUUAAUCCCUGAUUCAAAUUCCCAGUUAUCAAAUCCUUUAAAUUGGGCAAUAAUUGACAUAAUUAAGAAUAUAUGCUAUGGUUCAUACAUCUUUCUGCAUUAAGAUUGCCUAAAUGUUCAAACGAACUUUGUGGUAUAUAUCGUAAACUCAUCAAUUUAUUACUGUGUAGUGAAGAUAAUAGUCAAUAUUCCACAGUUCUGAAAUUUAUAAAGAACAUAUAGAAUUAAUUAUAUCACCCCGAAAAAGAGGAAAGACGAUAACUGAACUUGAAAUAUAAAUUUAUAUAUUUCAAAUGAAAUUUCAUUAUUAAUUUUCAAACCAUUCAACUUUUCUUGUUUUGUUCUUAUUCUUUCUCUCGUUCUAUAGGUUAAAUUAAACGGGGAGGACGUUUGUGGUCAAGAUCAUCUUGUACCAUUGAAUGAAGCGUUUGCUUUAUCAAUGCAAGGAAAAGUUGAUAUAUUAUCUCUUGAAUUUAAAGACAUGUAUUAUGAUGAAGAGGAAAUGAAUAAUAAUACAAACAUGUCUUCUGCUAAUAAUAACAGUAAUAGCAUUAGAAUGGAUGAUGCACAAGCAGGCUUUGUACGUGUCAAUGAGUUAAGACAAAGUUCCAUACGCAGAAAUGAUCCGCCAGUGAUGGUACCAACAAGAACAGGUUCCAAAUUGGAGAAACAAUCAAUAAAAAGUAAAGAUAGUAAUCUAGAAGUUACUGCUUGGAAAACGUCAAAUGAUUUAUCUAGAGCAUAUUUAGACGUUGAUUACAAAGUAUCUACAUUAGAUCGAAAUUCUGCAGCCCAUUCAUAUCGUAAUAGUAUUGAUUUUAGUCACAAUUCAGACUCAAGAAUCUCUGGAACAUUACCACCUCUAGGCAAGUCAGCUAAUGACAGAGUAUCAGAUUACGUAAUGGGAAGUCGAGGUAACCUUAAUACAAAUGAUGCGUCACAUAUAAAACCGAAAACAUCUAUUUUUGGUUCUCGGAAGUCUGCUACCUUAAGUAAUAGUAAAAUUGAACAACGUUUUAACGAAGGCAGAAGUCAGACAGAUGCAGGCGAUUUACACCAUGGAAGCUAUUCUGUAUUGGAUGACGAAGAUCAUAUAGGAUCUCAACUUUCUGCUACAACAUCAACACCUAACUUGCAAGACAAACAUAAGAAAAAACGAUUCAGUUUACUUGGAAAGAACAGAAAAUCAACAGGCUCCGAGUCAGAUGUACGUAAUGACUCUAAGAAAUCCAAAGGAUCUACUCCAGACAUAAGGUUGAAAGAUGGAGAAGGCGAGAAAAAGAAGAAGGGUUUACAUUUAAAAAAUCCUUUUAAACGUUCGAAAACUAAAGAUCAAACACCUUCAGUAUCAUCAGAUCUUGCUUUUACUAGGAACACUAUACAUCCGGCAAUUAAUGUAGCUGUCACUGAACGAUUACCAAAAGAGAUGUCUAAAAAACCAGCACCUGAAAUUGCAGCUUAUCUUCACAAAUCCAAUCCAUCAGCUGAAUUUGAUACACUUAAUUUAACUGGUCGUGAAAUAUUGAGUGAAGAUACUCAUUUUGCACCUUUUGAUAGGAAACAUUAUGAUGGAUAUGAAAAUGUUGGUAGUUCUUAUGAUCCAUUUAAACACAAGACGUUGAGUGACUCAAGAAAAUCCAUCGAGAUUUCAUCUCUAAGUGAUUUGCACUCACAAGGUAAACUUAAAGGACCAGCUCCGGAAUUAGCAGCUUUAAUUCACUCGAAGCAUCCUACUUCAAAUCUAGAAGAUAUAACCAUUGCUCAAGGUUCAGGCUCACAUAUAAAACCAUUCACACCAACAGAUCAUUCACCGAAGCAAUCAAGAUAUCAUAAUGAACCUCCCUCUGAUAUUGCAAAUUUAAAAUUAAAAGGUACAGCUCCUGAAAUAGCGGCGAUAAUAAACUCGAGAACUAAAAGUCCCAACCAUGAAGAUAUAACUCUUACUCAGAGGUGUGAUCCAAACUUCCAUCCGUAUCCUACAGUAGAUACAUCAGGAAAAAAACCUUUUAAGCCCAGUGGAAGUGCAUCAGAGAUAGCUGCCGAUAUACACAAAAAUAAUUUAGCAGAUCAUCGACCCUAUGCAGAUUAUACCCUAACUGGUACUAAUACCAAUGAAAUACAAGGAACAAAAUAUGUACUGAAAGAAAAAGUGCAAUCUACACGUAAAGCUCUUUCUUUAAGUGAACAUAUAUCAGAUGGUGAUGAAACAGAGAGUGGAGGCAGUGAAGUGUAUACUGACAAUGAAUGUUACUUAGAAGUAGGUAAAAGUGAAUAUUAUUUUGAUCGUAAACGUUCCCUGAGAAAUUAUCGUUCUAAACGAUCAACGAAAUUGGAACGUGAAGCUAGACGUAAUAUGGGGUUACAUAGAAAUGACAGUCGAGAAUCAGUCAGCAGCAGUAUCUCAUCGCUUAAACCAACUGAUCGAAAAUUGACCCCAAAAUAUAGAAAACGUCCAGGUACUAAAAAGGAAGAAGUCUCAUCUUGGUUGAACAGCUCUAAUUCACCCUAUAAUCCAAUCCGUAUAGAUGGGAAUGUAUAUCCAAAUUAUACAUCAAAUGUUUACGCUUCAGCUCCUAUUGUUCAUAAACAUUUAAUUCAAAACUAUUUAUUAAAAGAUAUUAUUCAGUCAAUAAAAUGUGACAGCAGUAUGGAUUUACCACAUCCUCUAACAACUGGACGAAGUGCAUUAGUUUAUGGUCAUUUCAAGUACAGUUCAGCUGCACGCCAAUCCUGUUUAAUAAAACUUGAGUUCAACACCUUCUGUGAAGAACCUAAUGAAUGUGAAACACUUUAUCUUCAAUUAUGGUCUGAUGGUGGCCUAGAUAUUUUGAAUAGCCAACCCGUUAAUAGCAAAAUUCUAUACAGUUCUUCAAAUGAUAUUCAAUAUUUAACACUAAAAAAUAAUGAAGUUUGCAAUAAUGAUAAGCAACAAGUAAAUUUCACUCUGAAAUUCAUAUCUCAAAGCUUCUAUACUGCUAUUACUUCAAAUGAUCUAUUUACAUUAAUAUUGAAAAAUCAAUUCUUGAAAUCUACUAAUUAUCACUUGAAAUCAUUUAAACUUGAAGAUUCAACAAAUGCCGAGUUGGAUAAACUUUUUAUGCCAAGGAACUUAUGUUUACCACUUAUUCUUCAUAUGAAAGAUGAAUCCAGUCAAACAAACACAUUAAAUCUUUUAACAAAACUAACUGCUGAUACCAAAAGAGUCAUCAUCGAAUAUGUUUAUAAACCUAUCAGUAGCUCUGAAUUUGUCUCAAUGCAAAUCCUACUGAACUUUGAGACAGGUAACUUAAUAAUACAAGAGAUCGCAAAAGAAACAAAUAAUAUUCAAUAUGCUGAAAAAGAGAUAACAUAUAUUCCUGAACAGAUAUGUAAAAUGAAAUUCAGUUGGUACAAUAACACACUAAAGGUACUUCUUAAUAGUGACGAAUCAAUGAUGUACAAUUUUGAACAGUAUUAUCCUCUUCAAUUCUUAUCACAUAUUCGAAUCAAUGGAGAUUUCAUGCUUUUAAAUGCAGAAAUUCAAUCGGAUGAAUAAUAUAAUUUAUUUAGCCAGGGUAUUUACAAUACAUAUAUGUCUCCUAGCAAAAAUGAAUACAAAUACGAUAUACAUAUACAUUGGAUGAUUCGUGACAUUUUAACCAUGACUGAUACAAGUGACAUCAUAAAAAAAAUUAAGUGUAUUUUCCUUAUUCAUUAAUUACUCUACUCCACUUUAUUUUCUUUUCGAAUAUUUCAAAAUAAAAUUUGUUAAACAUUAUUUUAUAGUUAAAGUAUUCUCUUAUUGAUGUGUGUUGAUUGAUAUACAAAUGUGUCUUAUUCAUUAUUCUUUUUAUCUCACUAUUAUUAUUAUUAUUAUUAUUACGUUUAAUGACAAUACACUCAAACUCUUAAUUUCUAGAAGGUUCCUGUUUUCUUUUUUUUCUUCAUUUAAAUCCAUAUAAUUUUUCAUUAUCAUUUUAUUCAGUAAAUUUAUUCUAUAUAAAUUUAUAUCUUGAAUAUAUACUCAUUUAUCAUAUUAUUCAAUCUAUAUUAUGAUUGGUUUAAAAGUAAUAUUGUAAAAGAUCUGUUCAGUAUUGUAUCGUAUUGAUAGUUGACCGGUAUUACCUAUACAUUUUACUAGUUGUAUUCAUUCAAUUAAUAAAGUAAUUAAAAGUAAUUAGAAGAUAAUAAUAAUAAUAAUAAUGACGAGCUUUAUUUAGUAUAGUUUAAAUGUUUUCGGUUAUUUUAUUAUUAUAGUUGUAGGUAAACAUUUUUUUAAAAAAAAUCGUUUUGUUUUCUUCUAAUUAACUUUGCUUUCUAUUGUUAAUGAUUUAAGUUUCUUUUCAUUGUUUCCCACUUUAAAUUUCGAUUCAUGAUUGUUUUAAUUUUCACUAUUUGUGAAAUGAGUAAAUAACAUUUUACCCAUUUAAAAAUACAACAAUAGAAUGUGAAGAACACAGUAGUUGUUAUGCAAAACGAAAAUAAAUUUUCAAAAAAAUAAUAAUCAUAAUAACGAGUACUUAGAUAUAAUUUGGAAAGAAUGUUUUUGGGACAGUUAGCAACUAUGAAAAAAAAAAUCAAGAUAAUAACAUUUCUAAAUACUCUCCAUUUAACUAAAAAUAUUGAAAACUGGUCAUAUUUAAUCUGAUUUAUACAAGAUUUUAUUGAACAGUCAAUGUUCGUUAAUAUUGGUAUGAAAUUGGUUUGUGUUGAAUUACUAUUUCUAUGUUGAUUAAUUUGUGUUGAUGUAUUAUAAUCAGCUAGCAAUUAUAUUGUAGCACUUCUAUUUCUAUUGUAUUUUAUUCGAAAAACAAAAAUUCAUAAAAUAUAUUUAUAGAUAGAAUCAUC